AUGGGAAAUCUCUAAACUCUGAUAAAUUACCAUGCACCAUUAAACUACGCCUAAGAUUUAAAUGAAUAGAUUAUAGAUUAAGGAAUGCUAGAACACCCAGGCUUAGGUUAAAUUUAACUGUGGAAAAUCAAGGAAACUAAUUUACCUCCGCUAUUUUCAUUUGUAAAAUAUUGAGCUACUUUUUAGCACGUACACAUAUUUGAAAAAGACUCAUCAAUUAUUGACAUCCACAAUUUUCGCAGUUCACUCCAACAUCCUAAUUUGAUUGAGUAUUUUGCCUGUACAAGUUCAAAGGCUUUAAAUAUUGGCAAAGUCUAAUCUUAACAAUUCUUUUUUGCUUACUACUAAAAGACAUUAAAGGAACAUAUUUAAUCAACCACCAUGACUGAGGUCCAAAUUUGGAAGGUAACAAAUAUAUACGAUUUUCAUAGAUUAUUGAACAAAUAGUGGAUGUUAUGGUAUUUUUGUAAAGAAGGAAUAGAUAUCAUGGGAACAUCAAUUCAUAAUCAAUAUUCAUAACUGAUAAUCUACAUAUCAAACUAUUAGAUAAGAUAGGGCAACACCCUAAUAGAAACUCGAUAAAAGAUGAUGUGCAUGAUUUAGGAAUUCUAGUAAUAGAACUCCUAACCAAAAGAAGUAAUUUAUGCAUAAUACUCUAGCAAAUUAAUUAAAUUUUAUUUCAUAAAUAAAAAAUUUAUAUGGAAAAUUCACUUUAUAAUUAUUAUAAUUGGUUGCAAAAAUGAUAGAUGAAAAUCCUGAUAAGCGACCAGACUUUAUUUAAAUCUAAAAUAUGGUUACAAAUAGAUUCAAAGAACCAAUAUCUUUGAAUAAUCUAGAAAAAAAUGCAGAUCAAAAUAUAUUGACUCAAAGAAUUCCAACUUGGGCGUAGUCGUAAAAUGAUGAAAUGAAAUCUACUUAGGAAUAGUCUCUUUUGAGAAGUCAAUAUCCUUGUUUGUUAUCUCACAAAUCUGCCAUUCCUUCAACAAUUUUAAGAUGCAAUACCCUUCAAAAUUUAUAGGGUAAGCACCCAAAUAUUGCAUCACCUUCUAAGGUUACGAAUCCAUUAUCAACACCACGUAAGAUCUUUUCGGGUUAGAUGCCACAAAAUUCUACUACUGCCUAUAGAGAAAGUCCUUAAAGUAUUAAUUCACUUCAAUAUUUAGAUUUAAGGAACUUAGAUAAUUAGUUCACUCCGAAGAAUUUAGAAUUCAAUUUUUAAAUACUUUGAAUUGAUGAAAUUAUUAUUCUAAAUUUUAAUUAUUC